UGUUUUCACUGUGAGGUGUCGGUGCCGCAAACUUACAGAAGUCACAGCUAACACUAGUGAAAGGACUCUCAGCUGAACAGUUUAACGUUCCCAGUUCGACCAAACAAAUCCUCACAAUCUGGUUGUGCGUCGCUUGGUUAAAUUCGUCUGAAGGGUGUGUGUGUUGUUGAGAAUAACGAUGUCAAAGACGGAGUGUAGAGCAGCUAACGACAUGACCGAGGCGAUGGAGACAACGAUGCAGCGACUUCAGGGAAGAUUCCAGACAAUGUCUGAACAGCUGGAAUCGAAAAUCGAUCAGAUGGGAACUCGCAUCGAUGACCUUGAGAAGAAUGUGGCUGAGCUCAUGACACAGGCAGGUAUGGAAGAGCAGCCCACCUCAAAGUGACAGUUCAUCCGUCUGAUGAGGUCUUUUCAUGUAACUUCCAAACACUGAGGAUUUUCUGCCACCUUGCCAACAGUGAUCUCACUUUAGAGGCGACUACAAAGAUCCACACUGCACAUUUAUCUCCACUCAUGAAAUGGGACUGAGUUAAAAUCACUUAAAAGCUGAGCCAGAUGUCUGUGUUUUCCCAGGUGCUACUAUACUGUGAUUCAUUUGUUUCCAAAGCAUGUCAAAUCAGAAUGCAGAAACUUGGAGGUUCCUUGUAGAGAUUUAGUGUAAUUAACAAACAUGUUUUUUUACUUUUAAAGUCUACUAACCAAAAAAAAAAAAAAUCUAGCUUGUACCUUCAAGGUGUAACAAACACAUUGCUACCUCAUAAACUACACUCGCUGGCCACUUAAUUAGGGACACCACACACCAUGUAUAACCUGAAUAUAAUGCAAUCCAGCACAAAUGUUAAUGCCUCUGUAUGUUCUUUCAGUAUGUAGUCAUGGUAAACAUAAUUCAAUUACAGUGUCAUCAUAACUAAACUUUAUUAUCAUAUCAAAAGUAGAAGAAUUCAUAGCUAAGCUGUUCUUAUGGAUUGCAUUACAUUUUACAGUUGAGCCUCAUAAAGUGAGCAUUGAGCGUAUUUUCAAGGGCACCUUUUAAUAUCUCAAAGGCCUGCAUAGUUUACAUCUUUAUUUGUUGUGGCAUUCUCCUCCUCUUUUACUGGCGCAUAGCUGCCAUUUACCACCAGCAUACUUACAUGCACAGUAUGUGUGUCCUCCUACACUUGCUGGUACAGUAAGAGCUGUGAACAAUGCUGGGUUCUCCCUGUCAGAACGCUGUUGCCCUACACUGCCUCUGGUGUGAAAUAUUAAAGGGAGUCAUACUUACACUUGAGCAGUAAAGUGUGUGUUCAAGAGCCUUGAGGUAGCAGACAACAGUGCACUUAACACACACCUUUUGCACAUAUUUAACAUUCUGUGCUUCUAGUGGUCUCAACGGCCACCUGGUCUCUGUAGCGGUUACUGGAGAUACGUCACACUACUUGCGAAUCCUGCCAGUGUGUGUAAUGCGAUGGAACCAUUCAAAUCUUACCACCAAAGAAAAGUAUGUUGUCAUAUUAAAAGGUAGUCAGCUGUUGUCUGCAAAGCUAAGAGCACGACUCUGCUCUGAAGCUAAAACGCAUUUAAUCCUGGUCAGCUGCGUGCAGUAACCAGCACUAUAGUCAGUGUGUUGUAGUUUAAAGCCUUAAAGGCACAUCUUAAAGGUUCUGUGUGUAAAAUUUAGAACCACUGGAUGUUGCUGAAGCUCCAGCAACUCAAAACAAAUGGCACGCUGGCCGCAACUCCACCCUCCUGAAAUGAAACGCAUGCUCAUAAUUUAGGUAAACAAGAUUAUUCCAGUUCUUCUUUUUCUUAUUUUUUUUUUUUUGGGGGUCUGCUUUUUGGCUUUUCCAUUGCGGUAUCAAAGAUCACUCCUGAUCUUCAGCUUUAUCAGAAAGAGAACUAAAAGUUUCAUAAGGAGGGAAUAACAUACUGUCUACCAAAAUAACACAGAGGGAGUGUGACUUCAUUCUCUGCUAUUACUCCUCUAUAUCUGUAUGUAGCAAAUAAUUGAUUGCUGCUAUAUUAAUGCCGUGUGUAUGUCCUAAAGUUUGCUUAUUGCACCUUUAACUUUGCAACUAUGCACCAAAAAUACUUUUUUUUCUAUGUUGACCUAAUGUCCAGUAUUUCCCAGAGUAAUCCACUCAGAGGUUCUAUGUAGAAUUGCUGCCAGUGAUGAUAGAUUGUUUUUGCAGACAUGCAGGCCUUCUGUUGUUUACACUAUGUACUUUGUAGAUAUGAGUUAAUAUGCAGAAGUUCUGGGAGAAUAUACUGUUGAUUAAAUCUAUGCAGCUUAUUUCUGAGCUCAAUACAACAUAAUAUAAUGUGCAGUUAUAUCAUAUCAUAUACUCUUUGUUCUUUUCCUGUGUGUGGUGUUGCACUUAGAUUAGCCAUCAGAGGGGUGCACUGCGAAGAAAGUUUAACAUCGUCAGGCUUUCUUUGUGUAAGCUGGCUCAAAAAAAAAUGUAAAACCUCAAUCAGGGAUAAUUGGUAAACUGACAGUUAUUUGUUAACUCAAGUUUUCUUCACCAGACUCUCUGUGUGUUCAUAUAAAAUAAGGCAUUUGACACGCAUUAGACUGUUGUUACACACAAAAUGAGCCAACUGCUACAUCAGUUAGAGGAUCUGGUUGUUGUAAAUGAAGAGCAAUGAAACCUGAGCCAACUCUGAUCCUAACCCAUAAAAACAUAUUUAUGCAAUUUCUGCAGCAGCAGUUGAAUACAUGUAGGUUGCUAUGACAACACUAUGCAUACAGUUUGUGCUACUGUAACUACACAGCUUCAUUCAGUGGCAUUACUAAUGUGUAGCUCUACAGGUUUGCAGAUAUAAUGUAGUCCUUAAGCUGAGAAUCGGUAUCGCUGGGAGAGAAUACUGUCAGGACAAAAACUGGUGAAAGACUGGCCCUUUUUACCAUCCGGUUAGCUGUGUAGCAUCAGUUGCCAUGGUGAUCUAGCAGGUUAAAAAACUUUUGGCUCAACAAACCUCACUAAGCCACUAAUUGUGCUUCACAGUACGCCCCUCUGAUAGACUCUUUACCUAUGUGCUCUGAUAUAACAUGCAAUAACCAAAUAAAGAUUUUUUUUCACACAA